AUGAGUCUCGGAAGAACAGUUUACAACGCACUUUUCCGUCGAACAUCUACAUUUGUGGUGACUAUAGUUGUUGGAGGCUUUCUUUUCGAAAGAGUGUUUGAUGAAGGAAUGGAUAACUUAUGGGAAAACAUGAAUCGGGGGGUAAGCAUAAGUGUGUUAUUAUAAGCUUAUAAUUUUGUACCAGAGGGUACAAAUUGUAAGUAAAAUGCUGCGAGUAGAUACUGGGCAGUGGUAUACCAUUACUUAUGAAUCUAUUAUAGAAACAACAAAAAGAAUGGGUUCCAUUUUUAAGUUGGGGUUGUAAUUCCGCUAUUAUGAUGACAAAUAUACAAAUUACACUUUUACAACCAAAAUACUUGGCAUCAUUUUCGACUGCAAUCAUUUCCACAAUGCAUCCCCUCUCCCGAUGUCUCUGCCAAAAUAAUAUAACAUGACAGUAUAAAUUGUUUAGUUUUAUCGUUUGUCUCACGAUUGUCACUUUGAUAUUGAUCGCGACUUUCGUCCACACACUGCAGGUCUUCAUCAGGCGAUAGUGUCAAUUUACUAAGUCAAACUAUUUGUACCACUGUGGUUGUUAGUGAUUGGUGUAUCACAAACCUCGCUCAUGGUUGAGUGAGAAAAUCAGACAUGACAACUGACCUCUAGCACAGCGAACCACUGAGGGAUCAGUUUCUUCCUCUCACAAUGCCAACAAUGCUUUGGAUUGAAACCCACCAACCAUGAGCGAGGUUUGUGAUACACCAAUCACGGUAAGUAAAUCGACACUAUCACCUGAUGAAGACCUGUAGUCUGCGGUCGGAACGUCGCAAUCAAUAUCAAAGUGACAAUCGUGAGACAAACAAUAAAACUAAACCCUUCAUACGCAUUAUCCACAGUGAUUAAUAUCUUUCAUGACAUGACAGUAUAACAUGACUAAUUUCUAAUUUCUAUUGUUACUUAUGUGGGAAAGCUGCAAAAUACACUGGUCAGCUUUAAAGCUCGAGAGGAUUGCUUUAAGGUGUAUAGUCAUGAGAAAAAGUCAGCUGUUGCUGAGGUUUUCCACAUCAUACAAGUACUUUUAACCUGUAAUUUAGUAGUUUCUUUAAUACUAUAGAUAAUCUCAUUCCGCUGGCUAAUGGUUUAUAUGGUGGAUAGUGCUAUCCAACAUUUGAACAACUGGGGACAGGAAUUCUUUAAGUUGAUAAAACCCCCUUUCCAGAGUUACUAUCACUUUUAAUUGAUAUUCGGAAAGUUGGUCUCUCUCUAAACAUUAGCAUCAGGCAAAGUGCACUUAAAUGCAGUAGCUAGUAGAAGGUGUGUACCAGGGAGUAGCCUGUAAGUAGGCUCACUUUCAGGGAAAAGUUUUGCGAGUCAGCAAGUAAGUGAACCUGAAGGCGAGCCAUUGAGUUUUAAAUUCCUUGUGUUCAAUGACCAACACAGUGAUCUAAUACUGGUAGGUUAAAAGUGACAGGCUACAUAACUAUCACAGACAUUGGGCAUAAACAACGUAAACAUUCACACAUCAAACUUAGUGGAAAGAAGUAUCGGUAUGCCUGCAUGACUUUUGUUGCUUGUUCCAACAUUUUUCUUUCUGAUGGGUAUAUAAAGCUAUGAGGAUUGUUCUUAAUUUUUACUAAGCAAAUCAUAUUUUGCUACUUGUCUCACAUCAAGAGGUCAUUUCCUGUUGUUUUUGUUUCCAGCAGGAUUGACCCUUCACAUGCAACUUUCUGUCAUUUUUGUCUGCGUUAAUUUGCUUUGUUUUUAUUGGAUAGUAUCUUGACACCUCAAAACAGGUGAAAUUAAAAAAUCAAUAACCCUUGUGUAGACUCAAUUAUUCUCACAUUGGUGGUGCCAGGAAUAAUUGUGACAAACCGUCGGUUACCAAAUCUCAUAAAGAUUUUAUAAUAUUGUUAUAAAGUCUUUAUGAGAUUCAACCCAAAAUUAUUAUUGUGGGUUGAAUUGAUUUACUCUGGUAAAGUGCUACAACUUGAAAUUUCUGCUCUUAGAAACUACAUGUAUUUGGGAAUUAGAAGUCAGCAAAUGGCUUUGUGCAUUUCAAUAUAAUAUUAAUUAUUUAUUUUUUCACCAGAAAUUGUGGAAUCACAUCAAGCACCGUUAUGUCAAAGAUGCAGAUGAAGCAGAUGAAUAA